AUGCCUCGGACCCCGCACGGCUCGGCACCGCCCCGCGCCGCCCCUCACGGCCGGGCCCGCUCCGCGCCGGGCGCCGCUUCCCCGGCCCCGCCGCUGCCACGGGCAACGCGCCUGCGCCCGCGGCCCGCGGGUCCGCCACCCGCCAGGGGGCGCUGCCAGCGCCGCGGGGCCGCUCGCGCGGGGCGGAGCCGGGAGGGCCCGCCCCGCUGUCCCCGGGGCUCUGCCGGCAGCGGGACCUUACCCGGGCUCUUCUUCCCCUGCAGCCCCGGGGGCGGCAGUCGAGGCGCGGCGGCGGCGGCGGAACGGCCCGUCCCCAACCCCAGCCCCAGCCCCGUCCCCCGCGGGUGGCAGCGGGUGAGCAGCCGCCGGCGGGCGGGCAGGACGGCCGGGAGGAUCGACGUGUACUUCAUAAGCCCUGAAGGGAAGAAGCUGAGGUCAAAACGAGCACUUGUGGAGUAUUUACAGAAAACUGGGGAGACAGCACUGAAAGCAGCAGAUUUUGAUUUUGCAGCUCCUCGAGGGAGCACAUGCUCAGGAUUGAAGGGAUAUGGCACAGGAGCUGCGAGGACUGACCUGGAAAAGGAGGAUUGUCAGAGCAAAGUGCAGGAGCUCCAUGCACAGAAUGGUGCUGAGGUUGGAAUUCAGAACAUCCAGGCUGGGAGUGGACACCUGGAAGAUGCUACAUCUACUGUGGAAGGCACAGGUUUUGUAGUGGUAGGCACAAACCCAGAGGAGAACUUGAAAACCAGAAGAAAGAGGGCAGAUGGGAGAAGCGUUCAAACUAGGAAACGUGAGGACUCAGAAAGGAGGAACCAAGGUGACGCCAAGAGCAAGAGGCAGAGAAGAGUCCCUAACACAUGGGAGACCAAGCGUGCUCAGAACGAGAGGGGCCACAGGCAGACAGGCACGCAUGGAGCUGACAGCCAGGGAGUGGGUGAAGCAGGUGCUGACCCUGGGGCUGCAGGGACAGCUCUGGCAGCCGUGUCCAGGCCAGUGCCUGGCUCACAGAGGGAGCUGGCUCACCUGCCAAAGGAGGGGCAGUGCUCCAGUGACACACCUGCUGCAGGGGCUGAGGAGAACCCCUCUGGGCUGGAGACAGGCCCAGUGGCCGAUGCGGGGGCUCUGGGUGAGCAGAGUGUGCAGCCUGACACCGAGGUGGAUGCUGAGCCGUGGCACAGGACCAGCCCCGCAGCAGCCACAAUGCCUCCAGAAGAGUCUGUCCCACGAACACAAGUGGAGAGAAGGAAAACAAGUCCCUAUUUUUCCAGUAAAUACAGCAAAGAAGCCCUCAGCCCACCCAAAAGGAAGGCCCUCAGAAAAUGGACUCCUCCACGUUCUCCUUUCAAUCUUAUCCAGGAAACACUCUUCCAUGAUCCAUGGAAGCUUCUCAUUGCCACCAUAUUUCUCAACAAAACUUCAGGGAAAAUGGCCAUUCCAGUGCUCUGGGAGUUCCUGAGGAGGUAUCCUUCUCCUGAGGUAGCCAGGGCUGCAGACUGGAAAGAAAUGUCAGAGCUGCUCAAACCUCUGGGCCUCUAUGAACUCAGAGCCAAAACCAUCAUCAGGUUCUCAGGUGAGUACCUGAGCAAGGCGUGGCGCUACCCGAUCGAGCUGCACGGCAUCGGCAAGUACGGCAACGACUCCUACAGGAUCUUCUGUGUUAACGAGUGGAAGGAGGUGCAGCCACAGGACCACAAGUUGAACGUUUACCACACGUGGCUGUGGGAGAACCGAGAGAGGCUGAGCAUCGACUGAGCUGAGCUGGGCUGACCUGCCCCACCACCUCCCCUCGGGUGCCCUCACAGCUCUGGGUGUAAAUAUUAGUGUGAUGUCAUGGCUGGGGUCAUUGCUAUUUUUUAAUAAACGUGUCCCUGUUUUGUA